AUGGGAAGUCCAAAGAAGGAUCAGAAUAAAGGGUUUUUCGCAGCGAUGACAUCGGGUUUAUCUCUGUUUGGAAACGCCAUGCACAGAACUGUCAAUGGGUUACUCAGUUAUGAGGGAGUGGAAGUUAUAAAUCCAGAAGGAGGAAAAGAAGAUGCGGAGGAGGAAGCUCAGAGAGGAAGAUGGAAGCAGGAGGAGCGAGAGAGCUACUGGAGAAUGAUGCACAAAUAUAUAGGUUCAGAUGUUACGUCCAUGGUGACACUUCCUGUCCUCCUAUUUGAACCAAUGACUAUGCUUCAGAAAAUGGCAGAGUUGAUGGAAUACUCCUGCUUGUUGGACCAAGCAGACGAAUUUGAGGAUCCCUAUCUCCGACUGGUAUAUGCAUCAUCAUGGGCUAUAUCUGUGUACUAUGCCUACCAACGUACAUGGAAGCCUUUUAAUCCUAUUAUUGGGGAAACAUAUGAGAUGGUUAACCAUGGAGGGAUAACAUUCAUUUCUGAACAGGUCAGUCAUCAUCCUCCAAUGAGUGCUGGGCACGCUGAAAAUGAACAUUUUACUUAUGAUGUCACAUCAAAGUUAAAGACAAAAUUUUUGGGGAAUUCUCUUGAUGUUUAUCCUGUUGGAAGAACACGUGUUACUCUUAAAAGAGAUGGGGUGGUUUUAGAUUUGGUGCCUCCCCCGACCAAGGUUAACAAUCUGAUUUUUGGACGAACUUGGGUUGAUUCCCCAGGAGAGAUGAUCAUGACAAAUUUGACUACUGGGGACAAAGUUGUGUUAUAUUUUCAACCAUGUGGCUGGUUUGGAGCUGGUCGUUAUGAAGUGGAUGGUUAUGUUUAUAAUGCUGCUGAGGAACCAAAAAUAUUGAUGACAGGGAAGUGGAAUGAGUCAAUGAGCUAUCAGCCAUGUGAUAUGGAAGGGGAACCCCUUCAGGGCACAGAAUUGAAAGAGGUUUGGCAUGUUGCUGAUACUCCGGAAAACGACAAAUUUCAGUUUACAUAUUUUGCACAUAAAAUAAACAGCUUUGACACUGCCCCUAAAAAAUUGUUAGCAUCAGACUCUCGUCUGCGGCCUGAUAGAUUUGCACUUGAGAAGGGUGAUUUAUCCAAGGCUGGUGCUGAGAAGAGCAGGUUGGAAGAGCGACAGAGAGCAGAAAAGAGGACACGGGAUGCCAAGGGCCAUCAGUUUAACCCUAGAUGGUUUAAUUUGACAGAUGAGGUAUCAGCCACACCUUGGGGUGACUUGGAAAUCUAUCUCUACAAUGGCAAAUACACUGAGCAUCGGGCUACUGUAGAUAGUUCAGACAGCAUUGACGAGGCUGACAUUGCUUCGAUUGAGUUCAACCCAUGGCAGUAUGUUAACUUGUCGACCGAAUAGGUAUUGGUGUUUUAAUAUAUACAAUUUAAACUUUGCAGUUAGUAACAUUUUGGUGUCAUAUUAGAAGGAAUAUGUUUUCGGCAUGUGUGCGUUGGUUGUUCCCCAUACCGUAAUCCCAUCAUAAGCCCCUGAGUGGCAUCAGUCAGAAUAGAUGGAUGGAAAGGAUAUGCCCUUUUGUUGAGUUAUACUUUCCUAGGUGGUAACUGUUAUCCAAAAUUUCAUAGCAACCUUGCUGAUUUACAUAUCUGUAUAUAUUUACUAUCAAGUGAUACUUAUACCGUAUGGCAUUUU